AGCUAUGCCAUCAAUGUGGGUCACGUCCAUGUUCAAGCAUUUAUAUAUAUGGCUGGGUUUGUAUAUGAUGAAUGAAUCUACCCACUGAAUUUUGUCUCCCAACAGCUAGUUGGGAGAUCUUUGAGCUGUGUCUUCUUGAAUCAUUGGUUACAAAAGUUGUGACUUUAGAAAGUGUGAGAAAAGUAGGCAGUUUGUCCAAACUAAUCCUGCUUUCUCUAAAUUUCAAAACUCAUUCUCUUUUUACUCUUCCUUCCAUCAAUCUAGGUGCUAUGAAUUUGGGAGUGUAAACUGGACAAAUCAAGUUAUGCCACCAUGUCAUUGUCCUGGCAAGAAUAAUUACGUGUUUGGUAACACAUUUAAAUAAUUGUUAAAUAUGUAUUUUCCUACAUUUACUUUACUUUUUUUUGAAGCCACUCAAUACCGAUAGAUGUCUAAAUAAAAUAAUUUUGCCUGACUUUGUUUUCAUCAAAGGCAAUUGGAUUUUGAAAACAUGUUCUUAUACUUACAACAAGAUUCCAUUUUUUUGAGAAAUACAUUUCUUUUUAUCCAUUAAAAUGAAUUUGUUUGACUAGAUCAAUAAUCAACAAUGACUAGAGAAAGAUAGUGAGAAAGAAGUUUUCUUCCUGUAGUAAAUUGAGGUCAGGGGUUGUAGGAGGCACAGAUUUUAAAAGACCUUUGAAAGUCCAAAGGAGUCUUCAUUCACAGGUGUAGCCCAGGGCAGGUAAGAAGCAUGCUGCUGAUGUAUUUGUUCUUUGGCUCCUCUAUAGCCAGCUGUUUCUCAGACAUUCUCCCUCCUCCAACUUCAGCUAUGGUAAAAGCCUCUCAGUUAUGCCCUACUUUUGGUGUCUAAACAGGAAAAGCCCUGGUUCCUGUGGCAGUUGGCUGCACCCAGUGUAUGUUCACAGUAGUUCCUCUUCCCCCCAUGAUUUCUGUCCAUUCCUUUGCCACUGUCUUUUCUGACAUAUUUGUAAAGACCAGCAGCUGCUAACCAUUCAGUUUUGUGUUAUUAUUUUGGUGAUAGAUGGUGAAGGGAACCUUGAUAUAAUGCCAGGAAUUGUGCUUACCACUGUUAACAAAUUUUAUCUCAUUUGAUCCUUACAACAACUGUGUGAGGUAUUUUCCAAGUUGAGCAUUAAAAGUGUCAAGCAACAUGCCUGAACAAAGCAAUGAUUAUAGAGUAGUGGUGUUUGGAGCAGGAGGUGUUGGCAAGAGUUCCUUAGUCUUGAGGUUUGUGAAUGGCACUUUUCGAGAGAGCUAUAUUCCCACUGUUGAAGAUACCUAUCGCCAGGUUAUCAGCUGUGAUAAGAGUAUCUGUACUUUGCAGAUCACUGACACAACAGGCAGCCAUCAGUUCCCAGCAAUGCAGCGUCUCUCUAUUUCUAAAGGCCAUGCCUUUAUCUUGGUUUAUUCUAUCACAAGCCAGCAGUCUUUGGAAGAACUCAAACCCAUAUAUGAACAAAUCUGUCAGAUCAAAGGAGAUGUGGAAAGCAUUCCAAUCAUGCUAGUGGGAAACAAGAAUGAUGAGAAUCCAAACCGAGAGGUGGAGAGCAGUGAGGGUGAAGCUUUGGCAAAGAAAUGGAAGUGUGCCUUCAUGGAGACCUCAGCCAAGAUGAAUCACAAUGUCAAAGAACUCUUCCAAGAGCUACUAAAUCUAGAGAAACGCAGGACUGUGAGUCUUCAGAUCGAUGGAAAAAAGAGUAAGCAGCAGAAAAGGAAAGAGAAAUUGAAGGGUAAAUGUGUGGUUAUGUGAAAGUCCUACCUGUGUGAAAUAAAUCCAUGUUUCUUGUCUCUAGAUGCCCCUUCCCCAUCCUCAUUGAUGUCUGUGUUAAACUUAAAGAUAACAAUGCCCAGUGAUUAAAGAUAAAAAAUAUUUGACUAAAAAUAUUUGCAUAAGCUGAAAUAUAAAUUUUUUCAUAAAGAAGGUAAUUGACUUCAUAAAUAACAACUAAUCACUCUGCAAGAUCACAAAUUCUGUCAGGAAAUAAAAGAAAGUCAAAAAGGUUGAAUAUUCUUUUUUUUUUUUUUUGUGAGGCAAUUGGGGUUAAGUGACUUGCCCAGGGUCACACAGCUAGUAAGUGUUAAGUGUCUGAGGCUGGAUUUGAACUCAGGUACUCCUGAUUCCAGGGCCGGUGCUCUAUCCACUGCGCCACCUAGCUGCCCCAAGGUUGAAUAUUCUAUGUUCCAGGAACCAUCAAAUGCAUAGGAUUAUUUUACAUUAGAAUAAUGGGUUCUCAAAAAUUCUGAAGAUUAAAAAUAUAAAUGUUGAUUAUAUAAGUUGAUGUAAAUAUCUAAUAUACAUUAACAUCUAUUUAUUUCAAGGUUUCCACUUAUAAUGGCAUUUCUUUCUGCUCAGCAUAUGGAACCCUCAUUUUCAUGGUAGGGUUUAGUGUGAAGAAAGAAGCAUGAUACUAUGUCAUUUAAUGAAUGACAUCCCCCUCCAAAAGGUGCUUGACUCUCAUUUUCACAUUAAUGUCUCUCUAGAUUGAGGCUGACUAAAUGCAUUGUUGUUAGUUUUAAUAGCAUGUGAUGAUGUUUUUCUUUAAUUGGAUAUUCCUAUUUGUUAGGGUUUUUUAGAUUUAAUAUUUAAUGAUGAGCACUUUUAUGAGGUUUCUUGAUUUUAUUAUCAGAUUAUUCUGAUAUAUGUAUGAAUUCAAUUCAAGGAUUGAAAAAUAUUAAAAAUUCCUUAAUCUGAUCUGCACGACAACAAUUUUUUUGAGGCUAAAAAAGUUUAAGCGAACUUUUAAAAAAAGUAUAGAUAUACACUGAUGUCUAUUGCUAUAUACUAUCUAUACAAAAGCAUAAAACUCAUCCAAGAUAAGGAAGCACACUUAUUUUUCAAAAUGCUUUGAAAUUUUGCUGAUGGGGUAGUAGGGAUUGCUAUUAACAUUUUCUGUUCUUGGAUGAAGUACUCAAUCUUUAUUGUGUCAUUAUCAUGUUGUUGUUUGUCCUACAUUCUCAAAGAAGACCAUGACAUCAGGAUGAUGUCAUGAUUUGCAGUGAAUUUGAUUUAAGUGAGGGAGGGUUGUGCAAGGUCACCAACCUCACUUUCUCCA